UGUAAUCACAUCAUCAGACACACGUACACAAAUGCAGUAAAUGCAGUCCACAAUUGAUACUGAGCUUUAAUGUUCAGGUUCAUAAUGCACUUCAUCACUGCUUGUCUGUUAAGUUUUGCUCUUUGUGUUUUCAUUGGUAAAGUUCAUGCAGAAGACAACUAUGAAGAUUACCAAGACUAUAAUGAGCAAACGUGUAGUAUGACAGAGUCCAUUAUUGGAGGUACGGUACAAUACUCCAAGAAUGGUUUUGUGAAAAGUGAGGUAACCUACUUCUGCAAAGAUGGAUUUAAACCUUACCCAAUCCCAAAAAAAAUCUGCAAACCUACAGGAAAAUGGGAGCCAGACAUAUCCAGGGUGGUAUGUGAAGAGGAAAUAGAUUAUGAUGAUAUUGAAGAGCCCCAAAAGAACUGCUCUGUGGCAGAGAUUAUAAAGGGAGGCGAAGUUUCCUACUCCAAUGAAGGCUUAGAAGGCAGUGUGCUGACAUACCACUGUAAUAUUGGAUACUACGCUUAUCCAGUCAGCACCAGAGUUUGCAACCCCAGAGGGGAUUGGUCAGUCAUGAUGCUGCCUAAUGGCAAGACAGUGUCUACUGCCACAUGCAAAGACAUUCUUUGCCCAGCACAGCUUCAGCUGGAUAAUGGCCAGUUUUGGCCCAAGAAACAGUGGUUUAAGAUUGGAGAAGCGCAGGAAUUCUCAUGCAGGGAGGGUUUGACCUUGUCAGGUUCAGCCAAGCGGAACUGCACUGAAUGGGGACACUGGACUGGUAACCUUCCAGUGUGUAUUGAUCAAACUGAUGGCUGUAAAGAUCCAGGGAUUCCGCCUGGAGCUAUACGGUCUGGAGAGCGAUUUGAGAUCGGUGACCAAGUGAAGUAUCGCUGCCAGUCAGGCAUGGAUCUACUGGGGCCUGAAGUAAGAGUGUGUCUGGAUUCAAAAGAAUGGAGUGGACCAGAGCCACGCUGCCAGGCCCCUUAUGUUUUUGAUUUACCUGCAAGUGUGGCUCAAGCCAUGGAUGGUUCUCUAUCUGCUGUAAUGGAUGUUUCGUUCCCUGAGUUAGAAAAGAAACGGCCAAACUUUGGGAGAACCUUGAAAGUAGCAGAUGGCCGACUCAACAUUUUUAUUCUAAUAGACACAUCAGGAAGCAUUAAGAAUGAUCAGUUUCAGAAGGCAAAGGAGGCCACUGCUAGCCUAAUACGCAAGUUGAGUAGCUAUGAUGUUGAAAUGAAGUUUGAUAUCAUUUCCUAUGCCAGUGAGCCCAAAGAUAUUAUAAGAGUUUUGGAUCCCUUUAGUGACAACGCAGAUGCGGUCUUGAGGAAAUUGGAAUUGUUCACUCAGACAAAACAUGGGGAAAAGACUGGUACCAAUCUUUAUAAAGCCCUCGAAUGUGUGCAUAAAAGACUUUCCUUCCUCAAAGCAAAUAAUAAAACUCGGUUCAGCGAGACUCAGAAUGUCAUUCUCAUUGAGACAGAUGGCUACUCCAACAUGGGAGGUGACCCACGACAUGUUCUGGGGUUGAUUCGUGAACUCAUGGGCUACAAAAGCAGUAGUUUUCUAGAUAACUCACACGAGGAGCUUCUUGAUAUCUACGUGUUUGGAAUUGGGGAAAAUGUUAAGGUGACUGAGCUGAAAAGAUUAGCUUCCAGUAAAAUCAGAGAGAGGCAUUUGUUUGUCCUUAAAAAUUAUGAGCGUCUUGGGGAGGUGUUCAAUAGGAUGAUCAAUGAUUCCACUGUAACCAAAUGUGGAGUGGCUCAAGAGCUGGUUUCUCCAAGAAUCAAUGAUGAUGCUGAUUAUGAUAAUAUGCCUCCUCAGCCUGCUUAUACCAGGCCUUGGCAUGUUUCUAUUGGUUGGCUAGGAAAGCCAUGCCAGGGCUCCAUUUUGACUAAGGACUGGGUGAUCACAUCUGCACACUGUCUGAUGAGACUGAAUGAUGGUGUUACUGAAUGGGCGAAUGCCAUGGAUGUGAAGAUUACACACGGUGACGGAAUUGUAAAUGCCUUAUUGCUAAUCCCUCAUCCAGAUUUCAACGUCACAAAACUUAAGGACAAGAACGUCAACGAGUUUUAUGACUAUGAUGUUGCACUUAUUAAAGUCCUCAAGAGCAUUAAACUGUCCUCUAAAGCAAGGCCUGUUUGUUUGCCGUGUACAAAAGCUUCAAAUCGAGCUCUAAAGAUGAGUUCUGACUCUACUUGCAAGAAACAUGAAAGUGCACUGCUUGAUCUGAAGCAGACUCAAGCCUACUUUAUCAGUCAGGCGAAAACACGAAAACCGACCCACAUCCAGACUGGAGAAAAGAGAGAUGACUGCCUUAAGCAGUACAGACCAAAACUGGCUUCAAACAACCAGGUGUCUCUGACUGAUGUGAUCACAGACAGGUUUCUGUGUACCGGAGGAUCCGAGAAAUUCAAAGAUUACAUCACCUGCAAAGGAGACUCCGGAGGUUCACUCUUCCUUCGUAAAGGAAUGCGUUAUUUCCAGGUGGGAGUCGUGAGUUGGGGCACUAAAAAUGUGUGCGAUUUGUCGACCUCGAAAGUUCCUGACCCUCCUGUGGAUGCCCGUGAUUUCCACAUCAGCGUGUUCUCCAUUAUGCCUUGGCUUAAAGAGCAGUUGGGCCGAGAUCUGGAAUUCAUACCAAACUGAAUUAAGCAAGAAAG